AGUGAAACCAUGGACCUUGGUUGGGAAGAAGCACUAAGGAAGUUUCAGAAUGUUAUGGUCUUAGGGACCAAGCCUUUGAAAAUGGAAGCCAUGGACAAGUUGUCCCGUUUCUCUGAGCAUGUCCCUAAGCAUGUAUUAUCUCCUGCCAUACCUAUUCUCACGGAGAUUCUUGCUAAAAGUAUUCCAAAUGAUCCUUCUCCUUCACUUCAAGAGGCUGCUGCUUACUGCUUGAUGUGCAUUUCUUGCCGAGGUGAUGGUGUCGCGUUGGCAAUUGAAAUGGGUACACAUGGUGUUACACAUUCUUUGAUAAGGUUAUUGCCUCAUUCUAAGGGAACGAUGCAGGAAGUUUUGAUUAAAUUGUUGCUAGUUCUUGUCAAUUUCAGUAAUGAAAGUAGGAUAACAGUUUGUUCCGGGGGCGGAUUUCGAGUCAUUAUGAACUUGUUGAAUUCUCAUAACAAUGAUAAUAUUAGGUUGUAUCUGUUAGAGAUUUUGAGUAUGUUAGGAUUGCAGAAGUAUGUCAGGAAUGAACUCAUGAGAUUAGGAGCUCUUCAUCUUAUUGUCGAGGCUGCUGGUACUGGCAGCAUGAUCUCUAGGGAAAGAGCAUGCCAAUCAAUUGAAUUGCUUGGUGGAGUCCCGGGUGAGACUGAGCAUGAGCUUCUUGAAUUAGGAGCGGUUCCGGUGCUUGUGCAGUUGUUGCGUGAUGGAGAUAAAAUCACUAAACUCAUAGCUGCCAAAUCUCUUCGUAGGUUAUCCGUUCAUGUUGAUGGUAACACUAGACCAUUUACUCAAGCUGGGGCUAUCCCUCUUUUUGUUGAGCUCCUUCAAGGACCUGAUCCUUAUGGUAAGGGGAUAGCUGAGGAUGUACUUUCUGAAUUGGCUGUUAGAGAGCAUUGUGCUAUUGAGAUUGUUGGGCACUUGGUGAGAAUUCUUAGAGAAGGUGAUCAUGAAUCUAAAGUAUCUGCGACCAAUGUGAUGUGGGAUCUAUCUGGUUGCCGAAUCUCAUCACCUGUGAUCCGGGAUUCGGGCGCAAUCCCAGUCCUUGUUGUGCUUUUAAGGAGUGGAACUGAGACGGUAAUGGAGAAUGUUUCUAGGGUAUUUGCUGAGCUAAGCUAUGAUGGAGCAGAUAGAUUGGCCCUAGCUAAGGCUGGCGCAAUUCCAAUUCUCAUGGUCUUACUUCAUCAAGGGAACGAGGAACUGAGGGAUAAUGCUGCAGAGGCUAUUUUCAAUUUUUAUGAAGAUCCAUUAUAUCAUCAUAGAGUAUCUCAUGCAAUAUAUGUUCCUUCGUUCAGAUAUAUUCGGGAUAGACUAAUUCGCACCCGCACAUCAAAUGGGCAUAUGACAAGUUCUUCGCGAAGAAUGAGUGUCGAGCAUCUCAUUGGGAACCUGCAGGAUUUCCUGUAAUCAUUUGAAGUGUAUGUUUUAA